CAAACCAUUGGUGUUAGGCGUCAACAGUGUUUGAACAUAGCAUCGGAAUUAAGUUAUUUCCCAAACAUUCAAAUUUCAUACUAUUUUUUGUUUUGCAAAUAAAUUUCUUUAUUUGAAAUUGUUUUAAUUGAUUUGUGAUAAUAAUAACUAAUUGUAAGCCAUGUCUAAAAGUCAAGUGAGACAAAACUUUCAUCAGGACUCUGAGGCCGGUAUUAACAAACAGAUUAAUCUGGAACUACACGCCAGCUAUGUGUACGAACAACUGGCCUGGAAUUUUGACCGGGAUGACAUAGCACUGGGAGGUUUCCACGAGUUCUACAAGAACAGGGCCGGGGAG